CCUUUGAAGUCCUCAUUUAACGUAGAGAGCUGCAUCUCUCACAUUUGACAAGACAGUUGGGAGCCGUCGAGUAAGCGCCUACAGAGAGUUAAUAUUCCAAAAUAAACAUUACAUUAAAGUUUUUUGGAAAGUGGUAGCCUAUAAUUGAGAGAGUUUAUAAAAAAAAUAUAGAUAUAAUAAUAAGUGGAAUAAAUAAAUAGGCACGCGCGUAAUGGCAAAUCUUUUUUCCAACAAAACCAUGAGGCUCAAGUGGAUGCGCGUGUCUCUUUUGAUCUUGGUUCUAUUCCUGGGUGACUCCCGCGGCUCCCAGGUGAAGUUUGGCCGCUUGGACCGGUGGGUGAAGACCGGGUUUCAGUACCUGAAGUUAAACCUGUGCCGCAGGGUAUCUCUGUCUGAGGGCGAAUGUAAGCGGCUGUCCCAUCUUCAGCUCAGCGGGGUGGCCGUGUACGUUUCCGAGCCAAACUCCGAAAAAGUACUCGCCAUUCUUCCAGAUUCCUAUUCUUCAGGGAUGCUACCGCCGAAGCAGGGCGGUUACGGGAUGAGUUCGGUACUGGAGGACAGUAGAAGACAUCACGAUUUCUUCCCGGGAUCGACUGCGCAUGAUGCCGUGUUGGUGUUGGAUCCCAGUCCCGGAGAGAGUUUCGGACAUCCUGUGGUUCUCUUUUAUGUGGACCUAAACACGACCAAGAAAAAAUGUGCACAUAUGGAUGGAAUUUAUUUAGGAGAGGAGUGUCUGACCCUGGCCCUAAAGAGUCGCUGUCAGAACCAGCUGAAGCGUCGUCAGAGCGGCAGUGAGAGGCUGGCGGGGAGCGGGCGCGCCCGCAGGGCUACCGUGUUGAGGCCCAGGAGCAGCCCGGGGAGGAUGGAGCGCAGCGGGGCUCUCUGUGAGAUACAUUUCCUUCCCAUGGUGGUCGGGGUCAGGGAUACCAACCGGACGCAGAGGCUACGAUGCGUGGACCACCCAGACUUUGCCCAGUGCCCCCAGCCUCUACCCCUCACCAGCCCCAACAUGCCAGUGUCCAGCUGUGAGCUCAACAAGAACACCAGGCGAUGCCACCAGCAGCCCCUGGCUACACACCUGUCCUGUCGUCUCUACCAGACCUGUGACCAUGCUAUACUACUCUCAGGUGGAUGGCAGCAACAGAUCACGUACCAGUGUCACGUUCAGAACCUACAGCUCUUCUACAGGAUGCUGAGGAACAACGGCUUCCACAGAGAUCACAUCAAGACCUUCUUCGCUGGGAACGGACAGCUCUCAGAGGAGUGGGUAUACCCAGCUACAGAGAAACGAGUGAUAAGGAACCACAUCUCUUAUAUCUGUGGGAAGCAGCACUGUGCAGACUCCCUGGUCCUCUACCUCAACAGCCCCACCAGGAACGACGGGACCAUGCUGCUCUGGGAUGGCAACUACAAUGGCAUAGCGGACCUGAAGGAGCGCUACAGUGUGGGAGAGCUGCUAGCGGACUUGGCAGGCUGCAGGGCGAGACGAGUACUAGUCUUCGUAGAGCAGAGUUACAGCGGGGUGCUCAGUAAGAGACUGAAAGCAUCUCUGAAACACCUGAACGUGGUGCUGCUCAACAUAGCCGACAGCUGGGCCUCGCUGCACCCAGCAACAUGCCUUAUAGACCACCUGAGUAAGGAUUCAGGGAUGUCCCGCCUCCCGACCCCAAAUCCAGCCUUUUGGAUGUCAACCUAUCUGGUGCGCCCUGUAACACAACUCCACCUCUGA